CAAACCGCUCAUUCCAUUUCGACCUCGCAACUUUCUCCGUCACCAGUAUCACCACCCGGCCAGGAACUAGCCCAUCUUUUCACCAAUCGUCUUACACCCCUUUCAUCACCCCUGGAUACUCCUUUAAGGGGCCCGAUAUAUGUCAACAUCACCAACAUCGCCUUUUUACCAACACCUUCAAUUGCUGCUCCCCUGGGUCGUCCCCCUCCUUGAAAGCUUUCCAGGUGGGUGACGAGACCAGUGCCCCACUACAAUUCACUUGGGAUUCAGCAACGGCGUCGCUUUCAGCCCACGCUCAGCACCCGACUUCACCAGAACAACACUGGCCAGUAUCAACCAUCAGCUUUUCUCUUUGCACACAUUUUCCUAUUCCUCUCCAGGCAUCGGUGCCCUUGCUUGGAUACACUUUUGUGAGAUAGACAGCAUCACAAAAAGACGGCAACGGACAGGCAAACAGCAAACCAGCAGUCAUGUCGUCAAAGCCAAAGCCCAAGAGGCCAAAUGCGGUGCGCCGCAUCAUGGAGCGUGAAGAGAGCCGCGAGCGCCGUUUCAGGGAGGUUUCGGUAGCAUCUAACGGAGGAGCCAGCAACACCACACCUGCACCUACAGCAGCACCGCCUAAGCCUAACCGACCCAAGUGCGCCAACCCGAAAUGUCCAAAGCCCAAUGUCGUCGACGGAACCUGCCAGACCUGCGGUAUGGUCGCUGAUGACAGCAACAUUGUCUCCGAAAUUACAUUCGGUGAAUCUUCUUCAGGUGCCGCCGUCGUUCACGGUACCCAUGUCGCCUUUGAUCAAGGCGGUAUUCGCGGCGUUGGUGGUCUUGCAUUCCGCCGUGUCGCUGGCGGUGGUGCUUCUGAGGCCCGUGAACGCAGUCUUCGCGAGGUCAAGGCUCUUAUGCAACAGUACUCCUACCAGCUCAGAAUCGGACAGAGCAUCAGCGACAUUGCCUUCCGCUACUACAAAGCCUGCUCACACGCCAACUUCGUUCAGGGUCGCCGUAAGCAAAAUGUGGCCGCUAUCUGCUUGUACGCCGCUUGCAGGGCGGAAAAUAAUCACAAGAUCAUGCUCAUAGACUUGGCUGAUCUCCUUCGUGCGGACGUUUUCGCUCUUGGUCGUGGCUACAAGGACUUCCUCAACCGGUUUCCCGAAUUUCUCACAGGCCCUCGGCCCAUCGUGAUCGAGGAUCUCAUUUUCCGUUUUGCUUCCAAGCUUGAGUUUUUGCACGAUACCAACAAAGUAGCCUUGUCCGCUGUCCGUAUCGCGAAGCGCAUGCAACACGACAACAUUACCCACGGUCGUAGGCCUGCUGGUAUCUGCGGUGCCGCCCUCAUCAUGGCUGCCAGAGCUCACAACUAUCGACGUACUGUCAGAGAGGUUGUCUACAUUGUCAAGGUCACAAUGGCCACCAUUCAGGAGCGUAUGGACGAGUUCGCCAGCGUGCCUGCUGCCCAGAUGACUGUACAAGACUUCCACGACAAGGAUCCCUUGGAAGCGGGCCCAGCGCAUGAUCCUCCCUUUGUCUACAAGCAAACAGACGAGUGGAAGGCCAAGCACACCCGCCCCAAGAAGAGGAAGAGAAAGGACGCUGGAGAUGGCAAGAAGAGGGGGGCCAAGAAGACCCGGACCAACGAUGGAUCCUCGGCCGCGCCCCAGACUAUCGACAAAGAUGGCUUCGUUGUCCCUCCAGUUCCCCGGAAAGAAGGAGACAGCGAUCCUGAUGUUGAGGCUGAGGCUCUCAUUGUUACUGCAGUUGCUGGCGAAGAGCAACAGCUGAAGACAUUGGUCGAGGAGUACGGUGAACUAGAUGAGGAAGAUGAGGAUGAAGACGACGACGAUUCCGAUUCCGAUUCCGACUCGGACGAUGAAGAGGAUGAGGUCGAUCCCAGCAGCGAGGUCGCCUUCGCCAAGGCUCAAGGUGUCGACAUUGCCGCUUCUGGAGCCUCAACCAGCAAUGGCGAAACAGCCGAGAAAAAGAGCGACAAGAAGAAGAAGAAGGGGGGGAAGAAGCUCAGGAAAAUCACGAUGCCCAUCACCCAGGAGUGGCAAACCGACGAGGCUCUUUUGGAGAAAGAAAUGGAGGGCCAUCUUCACGACCCCGAGUUCCUCAAUGCCGCUCAGGCCGAAAAGGUUGCGACGGACAAGCGUGUUGAGACGGAGAAGAAGAAGAAGCUGGCAGAUGCUCGGAAGAAAAAACUGGAGCUAGCUCAAAAGGCGAAGCAACAAGCCGCCAAUUCUGCCUCUGCUUCUUCUGCCCCUGCACCCGCCUCUGCUCCUGCUUCUACCUCCGGCCCUACUGCCAACUCCACUCCUGCCCCUACCAGCACCGAGCAGCCUAACACCACCAAGGAGACCGACACCGUCAUGGAGGACGCUGGUGCUCGCGAAGAACGUCAGGAUGAACCGGUCACAGACCGCCUCAACCCGUCGUUCCCGAUCCAGUACACGCGCCCCCAGUACGUCCCCAACAAAGCUCUGGACGACCCCAUCGUGCAUGAGCACGAGUUUGCCGACGACCCCGAAGUCAAGUACUGCCGCCUAGGCGAGGCCGAGGCCAAGAUGAAGGAGCAGAUCUGGGUUAAUAUUCACGUGGACUUCCUCCGGUCUAAGCAACAGAAGGUGUUUGACGCGAAGCUGGCCGAGAAGAACAAGGGCCCCAACUCAAACAAGCGCAAGAACAAGAAGAACCGUGUCGAGGACAACGGCGGCGUACCCGAGACGGCCGAGGAGGCGGCCGUCAACAUGAUGCGCAACCGCGGCAUCAGUACCAAGCUUGAUUACUCCAAGCUUGGACAGAUUUUCGACUUGGAUUUCAACGAGAAGGGACCCGGAAGUAAUGAGGCGGAUAGCGCGCUAGCUAGUGAGUCUGGCGAUGCGACUGAGGACCACAGCAAUGAGGGCGAGAGUUCCGGUGGCGCAGCUGCUGCGGCUGCUGACACUACUACUGCCGCUGGUGGAAAGACGCAUGAGGAUGCGGUGGAAGAGGAAGCGGAAGAGGAGGUGGAAGAGGCACCGGAGGAGGCAUAUGAGGAGUACAAUGAGAAUGAAGGCGGAUAUGAUGAAUAUGACGAGGGAGGUGAGGAGGAUAUCAACCCCUUCGCCGAUGACGACGAAGUGGAUGAUGACGAGGAGUACUGAUUGGUUGGUGGUUUUUGGUCUCUUGCAUGACAACGGAAGGAUUCAUUUGGAGCAAGCGAGCGUUUGGUUGUUAUCUUGUGAUUCUGAUCUUAAAACCCCACACAGGUGUUAUGUUAUGUAAUAAGUAGACGAGCAUAUCUAGACUCGAGAACACAAGUUCAAAUUCACCGUUUCGGUUAUUA